CAUAUAAGAUAGGGUACAAACGAGAAGGGGACAUAGUUUUUGUGAUUCUGUUCAUGAUCACAUCAAGUACUUGGUAAAUUUUUUCAGAACAAAGAUGAAGUGUUUUGUAUUUACAAUUUUGUGCUUGGCGCUUUCUGCAGCUAUUCCCUUGGACUUUAUUGAAGAUGUAAAUGGAGAGCAGUAUUACAUCGUGCCAGUUAGUAGAGAAAAAAGACAAACAAACUGGGGUAUAUCGAACACAGGCUUUGGCGCUAGUCACAGAGGAACCCUCUUUGAUAACAAUCGUCACCGAUUGGACGGCACUGCAUCAGCUGGCAAAAACUUCGGGUCGCAUGGACUCAGGCCUGACCAAAUCGGUGGCCGGCUGGACUACAACCACAAGCCGUCUGGUUCCUCUGCCUUUAUAGGAGCUGACAGAACACGUGGUUGGGGCACAGACGUCGCUGCUGGUGGGAGAUAUAACAUUCACCAAAGUAAAAACUUUGGAGUGGAUCUAACCGGGCAAUACGGCAGGCAUUUUGGAGGACCAGGUGGAACUGGAAAGCCUGAAGCUGGUGUGUUUUUGAAUGCUCACGGAAGAUUCUGAAUCUUUUUCGUAGGUUACGUUAGUAGGUUAGUUAAAACAAUUUAUUUAUUAUUUCUGUACUGACUGAUUGAAUAAAUACCUUUUAUAAAGAA